AUGUCUUCAAUCAGACCAUUCUUCUACGUGCCAUACUCGAUAUUCGUUUAUAACAUUAGCGUUCUAUAUCUCACUUUGUCUUGCACCAGUGACGCCAACCGCUCUUUCGUGUCCCGUCACGACGCAAUCCGUAAAGGAGUAGGCACAGCGAUCACCGACAAUCCAAGCUUGAAUUGCAGACUUCACGGUGUCGGCGGCUACGAAGGGGAGGGACUGACCGGACAGCCGCAACCGAUCAUUCUUGAUGCGCACUGCAAGUGGAAGCUCGGGAACGGGAAUGCAAAUGCACUAAAGCUGGCGAGCACGGGACAAGGUAAGUCACGAUGGAUUUUAUAUGUACAGGAACCAAUUGAGGACGACCAAAAUGCCUUGGAGAAGGUUGGCGGGUAA